AUGUCUUUAUAUAUUGGGACAAAGACAAAUUGGACUCCUUUGAUUGAUAUCAUUAAAGGUAUCAUGAGAAUUAAGGUCAAAAAUGAUAUAUCCUUAGUUGAAAAUAUUAAGGACACUGCUAGUCAA